AUGGGGUUGGAAACGCUUCCCCCGAGGAUGCUUGUGUGGCUGGCGGCCUCGGGGAUUGUUUUGUACGGGGAGCUGUGGGUCUGCGCGGGCCUCGACUACGAUUACACGUUGGAUGGGAACGAAGAGGAUAAAGCGGACACGAUCGACUACAAGGACCCCUGUAAAGCCGCUGUGUUUUGGGGUGAUAUUGCCUUAGAUGAUGAAGACUUAAGUAUCUUUCAAAUUGAUAGAACAAUUGACCUUACACAGAACCCCUUUGGACUUGGACAUACCACAGGUGGAUUUGGAGACCAUAGUAUGUCAAAGAAACGAGGGGCCCUUUACCAGCUUAUAGACAGGAUCAGAAGAAUUGCCUCUGGUUUGGAGCAAAACAACACAGUGAAGGGAAAAGUACCUCUAAAAUUCUCAGGGCAAAAUGAGAAAAAUCGAGUUCCCAGAGCUGCUACAUCGAGAACAGAAAGAAUAUGGCCUGGAGGUGUUAUUCCUUAUGUUAUAGGAGGCAACUUUACUGGCAGCCAGCGAGCCAUGUUCAAGCAGGCCAUGAGGCACUGGGAAAAGCACACAUGCGUGACUUUUAUUGAAAGAAGUGAUGAAGAGAGUUACAUUGUAUUCACGUAUAGACCUUGUGGAUGCUGCUCUUAUGUGGGUCGGCGGGGAAAUGGACCUCAGGCAAUCUCUAUUGGCAAGAACUGUGAUAAAUUUGGAAUUGUUGUUCAUGAAUUGGGCCAUGUGAUAGGCUUUUGGCAUGAACACACACGGCCAGAUAGAGAUAACCAUGUCACUAUCAUAAGAGAAAAUAUCCAGCCAGGUCAAGAGUACAAUUUUCUGAAGAUGGAGCCUGGAGAAGUGAACUCACUUGGAGAAAGAUAUGAUUUUGACAGUAUCAUGCACUAUGCCAGGAACACCUUCUCAAGGGGGAUGUUUCUGGAUACGAUUCUCCCAUCUCGUGAUGAUAAUGGCAUCCGUCCUGCAAUCGGUCAGCGAACCCGUUUAAGCAAAGGGGAUAUUGCCCAGGCAAGAAAGCUGUAUAGAUGUCCAGCAUGUGGAGAAACCCUACAAGAAUCCAAUGGCAACCUUUCCUCUCCAGGAUUUCCAAAUGGCUAUCCUUCUUAUACACACUGCAUCUGGAGAGUUUCAGUGACCCCAGGGGAGAAGAUUGUUUUAAAUUUUACUACAAUGGACCUAUACAAGAGCAGUUUGUGCUGGUAUGACUACAUUGAAGUAAGAGAUGGGUACUGGAGGAAAUCGCCUCUCCUUGGUAGAUUCUGUGGGGACAAGUUGCCUGACGUUCUUACCUCUACAGACAGCAGAAUGUGGAUUGAGUUUCGUAGCAGCAGUAAUUGGGUGGGAAAAGGCUUUGCAGCUCUCUAUGAAGCAAUCUGUGGAGGCGAGAUACGUAAAAAUGAGGGACAGAUUCAGUCUCCUAAUUAUCCUGAUGACUACAGACCGAUGAAAGAAUGUGUGUGGAAAAUAACAGUGUCAGAAGACUACUAUGUUGGAUUGACCUUUCAGGCCUUUGAGAUUGAGAGACAUGACAGCUGUGCCUAUGACUAUCUAGAAGUUCGAGACGGAAGCAGUGACAAUAGCCCUUUGAUAGGGCGUUUCUGUGGUUAUGAGAAACCAGAAGACAUCAGAUCUACCUCCAAUGCCUUGUGGAUGAAAUUCGUUUCUGACGGAACUGUGAACAAGGCCGGCUUUGCUGCCAAUUUUUUUAAAGAGGAAGACGAGUGCGCCAAACCUGACCGUGGGGGCUGUGAGCAGCGAUGUCUGAACACACUGGGCAGUUACCAGUGCGCGUGUGAGCCAGGCUACGAGCUGGGACCUGACAAGAGGGGCUGUGAAGCGGCUUGUGGCGGACUUCUCACCAAACUUAAUGGCACUAUAACCACCCCAGGCUGGCCUAAGGAGUACCCUCCUAACAAGAACUGUGUGUGGCAAGUGGUUGCACCAACCCAAUACAGAAUUUCAAUGAAGUUUGAGUUUUUUGAAUUGGAAGGCAAUGAAGUUUGCAAAUAUGAUUAUGUGGAGAUUUGGAGUGGCCUUUCCUCUGAGUCUAAAUUGCAUGGCAAAUUUUGUGGUGCCGAAGUUCCUGAAGUGAUCACAUCUCAGUUCAACAAUAUGAGAAUUGAAUUCAGAUCUGACAAUACUGUUUCCAAGAAGGGCUUCAAAGCACAUUUCUUCUCAGACAAAGAUGAAUGCUCUAAGGAUAAUGGCGGGUGUCAACAUGAGUGCGUCAACACGAUGGGAAGCUAUAUGUGUCAGUGCCGUAAUGGAUUUGUGCUGCAUGAAAAUAAACAUGACUGCAAGGAAGCUGAGUGUGAACAGAAGAUACACAGUCCAAGUGGCUUCAUCACCAGUCCCAACUGGCCAGACAAGUACCCAAGCAGGAAGGAAUGCACAUGGGAAAUAAGUACCACUCCUGGCCAUCGGAUCAAAUUAGCCUUUAGUGAGUUUGAGAUUGAGCAGCAUCAAGAGUGUGCUUAUGAUCACCUGGAAGUAUUUGAUGGAGAAACAGAAAAAUCACCAAUUCUUGGACGACUAUGUGGCAACAAAAUACCAGAGCCCCUUGUGGCUACCGGAAAUAAAAUGUUUGUUCGGUUUAUUUCUGAUGCAUCUGUUCAAAGAAAAGGCUUUCAAGCUGCACAUUCUACAGAGUGUGGUGGCCGACUAAAAGCUGACCUGAAACCCAGAGAUCUAUACUCUCAUGCUCAGUUUGGUGAUAACAACUACCCAGGACAGGUCGACUGUGAAUGGCUGGUAGUGUCAGAACGCGGCUUUCGCCUGGAGUUAUCCUUCCCGAUUUUUGAAGUGGAGGAAGAAGCUGACUGUGGCUAUGACUAUGUUGAGCUCUUUGAUGGUCUCGAUUCAACAGCGGUGGGGCUUGGUCGAUUCUGUGGAUCAGGGCCACCAGAAGAAAUCUACUCCAUUGGGGAUGCGGUUUUAAUUCAUUUUCACACCGAUGACACAAUCAACAAGAAAGGAUUUCAUAUAAGAUACAAAAGCAUUAGAUAUCCAGACACAAUGCAUACCAAAAAAUAA